AUGGAUUAUUCAAGUGAAGCCCUUAACAAAUCCCAAACAGAUCCCAAAGAAGAAGACCUGAAACAAAAAUUUGACCUGGCUCCACCCCAAAAAUUAAACAGAAAACAACAAAUGAAAGAAAAGGAGAUCAACUGAAUGUCCAAAACAGGGAUUCUCCAAGAGCUAAAAUAAUAUUGGCUUGCCUUCAUUUGGCACAGCUGCUGAGCGCAAGGAGCGGCUCAAAAAGCACUUCGGGAUAUAUGACUCUGAUGUAGCAAGGAACCCUCCCAAAAGAGGCAACGUCGUCGAACAAAUCAAGAAAUUGGAAGAACGCCGUGAACGAAGACGCCAAUUAAUGCAACAGAAAAAGGAAGAAAAUGAGGAAGCCAAACUCAGGAAUGAGAAAGCAGGCAGAAAUGUUGAUCUAGAGUAUGACAAAAUGAUUCACGAAGACUGGCUCUCUGAUGAAAUCGCCACAGAACAUGUACAAUCUGAGAAAUUGAAGAUCUGUGUCUGAAUCAGAAAAAGACCUAUAUUCAAGAAAGAAGAAGCCAGUGGGGAUAUUGACUGAGUCAGUGUUGCAAAUCCACAUACAAGAGUGCAUGAACCAAAGGUCAAAGUUGAUGGUCUCACCAAAUACAUUGACAAUCAUGAUUUCAGAUUUGAUAACAGUUUUAAAGAAACUGAAUCUUCAGAUACUCUUUACAAAACAAUGCUUCUACCCUUAAUCCCUUCGUUGUUCACAAACGGCGUGGUAACGUGCUUUGCGUACGGACAGACAGGUUCUGGUAAGACGUUUACGAUGAAAGGAGUUCAAGAAGAAGCAAUUAAAGACCUAUUCACAAAAGGGCCAGAAAAAUUCAAAGAUUCGAACCCUGAAUUCUAUGUCUCAUAUUUUGAAAUCUACAGAGGCAGGGUUCAUGAUUUACUCAAUGAUAAAGAGAAAGUAGAAAUUAUGGAAGACCAUAACAAUGAGGUUCAAGUGCAAGGGCUGAGAGAAGUCCUUGUCAAAAAUGAGUCUGAGCUCCAGGAAUGUAUUGACUCGGCAAACAGCAUCAGGACUACUCAUAGUACCAAGGCGAAUGAUGAGUCCUCGAGAUCCCAUGCUGUCUGUCAAAUAAUUAUUAGAAACAGUACCACUAGUGCUCAACUUGGAAAAUUAAAGCUCGUUGAUCUAGCUGGAUCGGAAAGAGCCCAAGAUACUCAAAGUAAUAACCGUCAAAGAAGGCUUGAAGGAGCUGACAUCAACAAAAGCUUGCUUGCAUUGAAAGAAUGUAUUAGAGCCUUUGACACCAAGAAGAACAGUAGUAGCGAUGUACAUGUCCCUUUCAGAGCAUCUAAGCUUACAAUGAUUCUGAAAGAUUCCUUUAACAGUAAAAAUGAGUUUGCGAAAAUCGUCAUGAUCGCUUGUAUCAAUCCAGGUAGUUCCUCAGCAGAUCAUACACUAAAUACACUUCGCUACUCAGGAAGACUUAAGACGAGCUUUGAUAAGCCCUCGUCCGCCUUAGGAAAGAUGAAGGAAAUCUCAAAUUUAAGAAGGAUUGAAUCAGAUAGAUAUAAUCCAGACAGUAUUGGUCUCAAUCUACCCCCAAGACCUGAUGCCAAGAGCCACAUGAACUCAAAUGCCGAUAGUAUCGGCUCUCAAAUCAAGACUCGUGCCUCUAGAGAUAGCAAUCAACACAGCAGAGCUGGAAUGGCUGGGAUAGGAAGAAUGAUAAUCUCUGGUGACUCUUCAUCUUCCAAAAGUUUGACCAGAGAAAGGAAUCUUACAAAUGGAAGACAAACAAGGAAUUCUAGAAGCAGGGAUGGAAGAAAACUCAAGUCUCCACCGAAAAGAAACAGUGUUGCCAAGAGAAAGAAUGAUUUUCUAGACCCUUCUAGCAAGGAAAAAGAUGACAUUGACUACCUGAGGCAGACCCUCAGAGGCCAUGAGAACAUGUAUGAGAACCAAGAGAUGCUUGAUCUCGCUGAAAAAGCUGACAAACUAAUGCAAGAGCAGGACGAGUUAAUAUCUUCCCACUCUUUAUGCGUCAAAGAGCAUAACAAAUUGGUCAAGCUGGAAUCUAAAUUAAUCUCUAAGACAAAUAAAGGCUCUAACGGAGAAGACGGCUUUGAAGACUACAUAGAUGAACUUGAACUCAUUCUUAAGAAGAGAAGAGAGAUCGAUGACAUGUUGAUGGAGAAGAUCAAAAUUUGCAAAUCUCUCGAGCAAUAAAACUGUGACCUAAAAAUAAUCCACU